AAAGCAGUGGGCCGUGAUUUAUUGAGAGCUCUUGUAAAAACCAGUUCUGAACAUCUUCAUAACGUUUCUCCUAAGUGAUCCAGUUCUGCUACAGUCAUGUGGCUCCUUGGUUUAGCAUUGUUGAGUUUGAGCCUCCUGUACAGAUGGCACAGACAAAGUCAGAUAUUGGAGAAUCUCUCAGAUAAAUAUGUCUUCAUUACCGGAUGUGACACUGGAUUUGGAAAUGUGCUGGCCAAGCAAUUGGACAAACAUGGAAUGAAGGUUUUGGCAUCCUGCCUGACAGAGAAAGGGGCCAAGAAUCUGAAGAAGGAGACCUCUAGUAGACUGCAAACCAUAAUUCUUGAUGUCAGUGAUAGAGAGAAUGUUAGAUCUGCUACCAAGUGGGUUUCUACUAUAGUCAAAGAUAAAGGUCUUUGGGGUCUGGUGAACAAUGCAGGCAUUGGUAUUCCAGGAGGUAUUAAUGAAUGGUUGACUACAGAUGACUUCUUGAAGAUUCUGAAAGUAAAUCUGAUAGGAGUCAUUGACGUGACACUUAAUAUGUUGCCAAUGAUACGGAAAGCACAAGGUCGUGUUGUGAAUGUAGGCAGUGUGGCUGGCAGAAUAAGUAUCUGUGGUGGAGGAUACUGCAUAUCAAAGUUUGGAGUAGAAUCCUUUUCUGACAGUCUUCGGAAGGAUUCCUCCUAUGUUCAGGUCAUAGGUAUGUUGCAGAGCCAGGAAAAGGAACAUCAAUCUUCACACGAGACAGUGUCCCUCUGGGCUAUGAGUAUGUUGACAGCGUAGCAUCCUUCUGCUCCACAAAGCUGUCUCUUGCUACAGAUUGUAUGGAGCAUGCACUGACCGCAGUUCAUCCCUGGGCACGUUACUCUGCUGGAUGGGACAGUAAAUUCAUCCUGAUACCGCUCUCAUACCUGCCUUC